CCCCGCUCCAGAUCCACGGAGCGAGGGACGCUCGCGGUGUCUUUCCGUGGCAGCAUGUCCACAGUGAUGAGUGGCUUCGGGAACAUGGCGAGUCUCGCGGAUUUCGAGCCGCUCGCGGCGGUGAUUCCCGCCACGAAAGUUGAGAUCACCGUGUCGUGCAGAAACCUCUUGGACAGAGACACCUUCUCAAAAUCUGAUCCAAUUUGUGUGCUGUACACUCAGACUGUGGCGAACAGGGACUGGAGAGAGUUUGGCAGGACAGAAGUCAUCGAUAACACAUUGAAUCCAGAUUUUGUGCACAAAUUCAUCCUCGAUUACUUCUUUGAAGAGAGACAAAAUUUGCGCUUUGACCUGUAUGACCUUGACUCAAAGAGUGAAAACCUGUCCAAACAUGACUUCCUGGGCCAGAUGUACUGUACUCUCGGAGAGGUGGUGGGCUCUCAGGGUAGUCGUAUGGAAAGAUCCCUUGUAGGAAUUCCUGGGAAGAACUGUGGAACUAUUAUUGUGAAAGCUGAAGAACUUGGAAAUUGCAGGGAGUCAGUAUUGAUGCAGUUUUGUGGCAACAAACUGGACAAGAAAGAUUUCUUUGGAAAGUCAGACCCUUUCUUGGUCUUUUACCGUAGCAAUGAAGACGGAACAUUUACCAUCUGUCAUAAGACGGAGGUGGUGAAAAACACGCUGGACCCUGUAUGGCAGGCCUUCAAGAUCCCGGUCAGAGCACUGUGUAACGGGGACUAUGACAGAGCGAUAAAAAUCGAGGUUUAUGACUGGGACAGAGAUGGAGGUCAUGACUACAUUGGUGAGUUCAGCACCAGCUACAGGGAGCUCUCUAAAGGCCACUCUCAGUUUACUGUGUGGGAGGUGCUGAACACCAAGAAAAAGAAAAAGAAGAAGAAAUAUCUAAACUCAGGAACCGUCACUCUGCUGUCCUGCUUCAUUGAUAUCGAGGUUACGUUCCUGGACUACAUCAAAGGAGGGACUCAAAUUAAUUUCACAGUGGCCAUUGAUUUUACUGCAUCAAACGGCAACCCUUCCCAGCCUACCUCUCUACACUACAUGAGCCCGUAUCAUCUGAAUGCGUAUGCACUGGCCCUCAGAGCCGUCGGGGAGAUUAUUCAGGACUAUGACAGUGAUAAGCUGUUCCCUGCACUGGGGUUUGGUGCAAAACUGCCACCCGAUGGCCGCGUGUCUCACGAAUUCCCACUGAAUGGGAACCCAGAAAACCCAUAUUGCAGUGGGAUAGAGGGUGUUCUAGAGGCGUAUUAUCAGAGCCUGAAGUCUGUUCAUCUUUAUGGACCAACAUACUUCUCACCUGUCAUUAAUCAUGUAGCAAGAUAUGCGUCAUUAGUAAAGGAUGGCUCUGAAUACUUCAUCCUCCUCAUCAUCUCUGAUGGGGUCAUCUCAGACAUGGCUCAGACGAAAGAAUCCAUUGUAAAUGCCUCCAGUCUUCCCAUGUCAAUCAUCAUUGUUGGAGUCGGGCCGGCUGAGUUUGAUGAGAUGAUUGAACUAGAUGGAGAUGAGGUCAGGAUAUCAUCCAGGGGUCGCUUCGCGGAGAGAGACAUUGUGCAGUUCGUUCCUUUCCGAGACUACAUCGAUCGCAGAGGGAAUCACAUCCUCAGCAUGGCCCGUCUGGCCAAAGACGUUCUUGCAGAAAUCCCGGAUCAGUUCCUCCAGUACAUGAGGAGCAGAGGCAUCAAACCCCAGCACUCGUCCCACUCCAGCUCCUCCAAACCCCCGUCCACACUCGUCCACCCACUGCAGACGCAGAUCUGAGCCAUCGCACGAACUGUACGUCCUCUCUAUAGUUCACUGUCACUCUCAGGAUCACACACGGCCUGUCUGAGUGAAACGCUGCCCUUCUGCACGCUGUCUUUCAGUACGUAGGGUGAAGUUAGGGAGCUUUACGCGUGCCGCUGUCCUUCCUCGGGCGUGCUGAGGUAUUAGGUGGUGUUUCAGACUGUUUUACAGUAUCGCGUGGCCUCUUCAGUCAAACAUCAGAUGUGACUUCACAGUUUUUAUCUCACAUACUAUCUCCUGUUCUCAUGUCUAACGAAAUACUGCAGACGUUUACAAUUGUACCGUUUUUUACAAACGGACGUUUUUUGUACCUCAUGAAAACUCUGAGCUGCUUAACAAUGAAAUUUACUCAUUUUAUUACAUGACGUUGUAAAUAGAGCAAGUGUUAUUUUAGAAAAAAGCACGAAUCCACUCUCAUUACAAACGUGAGAGAAACUUUCACGCAGAUAUGCGAGGCCUUGGUUUUCAUUUUGUCGUACAGUGUUCGCUUUGAAUUAUUUUGCUAUAUCAGUAUUCCGUGUUCGUGGUCAUUUGACUGUCUGAAAAAUAAUUUGUGCUUAGCUUUCGCAGCACUAGCACAAAACUGAAAUUUAACAGGAAAAGCCUUACUCUCCGUUAAAGGAACAGUUCACCCAAAAUUUUUAAUUUGGCUUCAUUUACUGAACCUCAAGAAAUUCCAGACAUGUAUGAGUCUGUCACACCCCGGACUGUUUUUGAUAUCUUUUCAUCCCUCAUGUACUCUGUGUGACCUAGUUUCUGUCUCCCGUUGAUUGUCAAUCAAUCAAUCACCUUUAUUUAUAUAGCGCUUUAAACAAAAUACGUUGCGUCAAAACACUGAACAACAUUCAUUAGGAAAACAGUGUGUCAAUACUGCUAAAUGAUAGUUAAAGGCAGUUCAUCAUUGAAUUCAGUGAUGUCAUCUCUGUUCAGUUAAAUCUUGUCUGUGCAUUUAUUUGCAAUCAAGUCAACGAUAUCGCUGUAGAUGAAGUGACCCCAACUAAGCAAGCCAGAAGCGACAGCGGCAAGGAACCAAAACUCCAUCGGUGACAGAAUGGAGAAAAAACCUUGGGAGAAACCAGGCUCAGUUGGGGGCCAGUUCUCCUCUGACCAGACGAAACCAGUAGUUCAAUUCCAGGCUGCAGCAAAGUCAGAUUGUGCAGAAGAAUCAUCUGUUUCCUGUGGUCUUGUCCUGGUGCUCCUCUGAGAAUAUUUUUUUUUUUCGUUAUGGAGUGGGCAGCUACGUUUUCAGCUGGUGUUUGCCCUAUGUUUCACCCGUCUUGCCAUCACAGACACCACCAGACUGAGCUGGAGGGAGGCCAUGUUUCAUGUCUGGAGUGCAUCCUACCCCAAUCCUGAAUGCGACAGAGCCCAGAGCACAGCCCACCAUCAUCUCAGCUGCACGGAGCAAAAGCCUGAGCCCACCAAUGACAGAGAACCUGAGCCCACAGCAACCUACAAGCCAUUGCAUAAUGGAGCGACAGAGCUGAGGAUCCAGAACCUGUGACGUCAGACCAGGUGUGAGAGCUGGCUACAGAGCUCACCACUGGUGGAGAUCACUAUGGACACCGAGAGCGUGAAGGGAAGCUCUGCCCACUGCACCAUGGCUGAGGGUGAGCCGAGUUCAGUGGACUAUUAUUUGGAUGUAUAUCUCUUCUCCUGCCUGCCAGGUAUUAUCUGCCUUCCUGAACUGUCUAUCUGCCCUGAACUAUCUGCCUGUGAGACAAUGACCAUUGAGGUUGUUCCCGUGUCACUGGCACUCCUGGUGUUGGGAGUGGUCUUGUGGUUUGUGUGGGCAGCACACAUUAUUCCUUAUCCCAUUGAGCAUCCUCCUACCCAGCCUCCCUCUCCCACCUCCCCUGAACCAGUCCUCAUCACCGCCUCCUCUGUCUCCUGGCAGGCCCUCUGCUCACCCUCAGCCCACCAUUUGUGCAGUUGGAUUGCUGUGGGUCUGCCAGUCUCCAUCGGUGUCAUGGCUGGAGGAUCCCUUACAUCUGCCUCCAUCCUGUGAGUCCUGGACUCCACCUUGGCCCUCCGACUGUCCCUCCACCAGCUCUGCCGGGCUCCUUCGUCCUUCCGGCUCCACCUUAGUCUGUCAUCGACCAUCUGCUUCCUCGGGACUCCACUCCUCAGGAUGAGCCUCGUCCCUCCGUCCUUCCUUCCCUCUUUCCUUCUGUUCCUCUGGCUCUGUCAGGCCCUUCCUUCCUUUCAGCUCCCUGCUUCUGUCGCCGGAGCCAUCUGCUCUGCCUUGGCCCCAUCGGAUCUUCAGCAUCACCCUCGCUCAUCGGCUCUCUGUCUCUACCCCAGGCUUCACCACCACUGUCUGUUGGCACCCUGGAGCUGUCAGUCUUUUCCUCCACCAUGGCUCCUCCCUCCAUCGGCUCCACCAUGGGUCACCUUCAUGGCUGCGACCUGGGUCCCACCAGGUUCCUCGUGCUCCUUCCUGGCUCCUCCCUCUGGACUUAGUUUGACGUCGUCCUCCUCCUGGAUGUCCGUCUUCCACUCAAACCUCUUCCAGUUUUUGUCUGCCUGCCUUCCUGCCACCCCUUUGCUAUUGCCUUCCACCUUCCCACAUCCACUCCUGUGUCCUCCUCCUAAGUCCCCCACUUCCCUGCUUUGUUGUUUCUUCAGCACACUAUUUGAAUUCAUCUUCAUCUUCUUCGUUCAUCUCCCCGUAGGAUGACAUAUUCAUAUUUGUAAGCUAUCAUACAUGUUUUGACAGUAAUCUUAGAUUUUAAAUUUGAUUAAAUGCUGUACUACACAAAUGUCAUCGAGAAAUUCUAAAUGUAUUUUUUUAUUUAUGAAAGGAGAAACAUUUAAUAUACUUUAUGGUUCUAAAAUAAUAAGAAGCAUUAGAAUGCUCAAAAUAACCAUUAGGGAAUGUUCUGUUUAAAUUGGGUUUUAUUAAAGAACUCUCUGCCAUGCUGUGGGAAUAUUAUUUAAUGUUUUGUAAAUAAAAAAUAAAUAAAUAAAUAAAGGUGGGGAAGGAGAUUAAAAAAAAGUUUAAGAAAUGGUUAGUUUUAUUAGAUUGGCACACAAACUUAUCUGGAUGUUCUAGAACUAUGUUUAUUGUUAUUAAAAAUAAACAUAUGUUCUUAGCAAAUUAGGAAUUGUUUGCCAAAUUAAUAACCACAGGGGAAUUCAUACACCAACAUUAGGAGAAAAUAUAUGACCAUACAUUUGGUCUUUUCCUCUCACAAAGUUCAGAAGGUUUUGAUUAAUCUUGAGUACAUUUAGGGAAUUUCUUUCUCAUUUUUGUAGCUUAACAACUACAGUCCCCAUUCACUUUCCUUGUAUGGAAAAGAGCACCAUGAACAUUUUGCAAAAUUCCUCUUUUUCCAAUAAAAAAAAGAACAAAUGGGUUUGGCAUGAUAUGAGAAUUUAAAUUUUUUAGGUGAACUGUUCCUGUUAUGACAGAACUGUAGCUGCUCUCAAUAUCUAUAUACAAACACAGAAAUGCUAGCAGAGCCUAAUAGAGAAGUACAGUAGCAUAUGCUUUUAUGCAUGCACCACACAAAUGGCGUGUAUAGUUUGCAUUUGUAAUUGUUAGUUUUAUUUGCAUGCAGUUUUGAGGUAUGUUUAUUGGAGAGAUUUGUUCUUUUGGUCAUUCUACAAUUGUGGUGGCAGAUGCAGUCAAAUAUACACUAUUCUUUAUAAAGUCUUUUUUAUUAUAGAAAAUUAUAGAAAUUUAACUUUUUCUAAAAUUUUCACCUUUUAACACUUAUGCAUUUUAGAUUUUUGUUACAAUUUAUUUUGAUAUGUAAUAUUGUAAUAUUGUUAUAUUUUGAAAUAUAAUUCAAUUUGGCACACUGAUGAAGACAGUCUCAUCAUCAACCACAGCAAGUUUGGAGUCUCUAACACUAACUCUUGUUUAUGCUAAUAACUUUUGAACUGUAAGGAGUUUUACACUGUAAGGAGUCCUUGGCUCAUGCUGAGUCUAAUGAAGUCCAAAAGAUAAAAAUAAGGCACUGUACCGUUUUCCAUGCUGGCAAAAAUUGAUGGAAUUCAAGUUGAUUAAUCAAACCGUUCUCGAAUAAUCACAAAUUAAUUUGACGAAAAGCAUGCAAAAUGGAUGUGAGACUAUAUCUCCUCAAUGGUUUGGCAUAUUGAGAUCAAACAUUGUGUGUAUUAUAACAAGCAUGACCUGAGGCUAUCUGCAGUGUUUCGGUGCAGUGCCACCUAAUGGUCAAGAGAUACAAAAAAAAAGAGAUAACUUGUAACUUCUGAAUGGUUUGACCAGAAAUCACAAAACUGGUUUCUUUAGAUUUGGUGUAGGAUGCCAAGCCGAAUCAUUUGAAACAUUCCGAGUCAAAUCAUACCCAAUUUUCACCAUAUUUACGCCAAACAUUGUAUUUACCAUUGUCACCUCAAACUGACCACGCCAUAUCAAUUUGGUGGUCAAUAGUAAUAAACCAUUCAUUAGCCAUGAAUUAUGAAAUUUCCAAAAAUCCUUAUAACUUUUGAUUGCAUUAGCCUAUUGUAAUGAAAUUGGUCUCGAAAUGUUCCUUGUGUCAUGCCAACAACGCAAAUACCAAUUAUACUAUAGUCAGCCGAACUUCCUGUCCAUCAUUUUGAUUUAUGUUUAUAAAGUAUUGAAACAUACUUUUUUCGAGCUUCUCCUAGAUCGUUGGUCCGAUUUUUGUCAGACUUAUGUUAGAUCAUCUUCAGACUGUGUUGACAAAAAGUUAUGGAUUUGUUUGGAUACUCAAAACCAUUUUUGUAUAGUGCUGCUACCACUUUGAAGCAUUGCUGUAUCUCGGCAAAGCUUUGAGACAUUGACACCAACAGUGACGGUAACAGUGCCACCUAUUGUUCAAAAGUGAUAAGCCAUUAAGGUACUCAAUAAACCAGAAUGUCAUGGAAAAGUUCAUUUAUUUCAGUAAUUCAACUCAAAUUGUGAAACUCGUGUAAAUCCAAUGCACACAGACUGAAGUCUUUGGUUCUUUAAAGGGUCAUGAAACCCCCAGACUACUUAUUCUAAGAUUAUAGUAGAGGUGUUUGUGUUGUACAUCAUAGAAGACAAUGUUAGCAUCCGCUAAUUUUAACUGUUGGAGAAAAUUGGCUAAUUUUAAGCUUUUUUGCUGUAUUUUCGUCUUCCGGAUUUAAAAUCUACAUUGUGUUGACGUCACGAUAUGUGACGUGGCAAUGGACUAUAGUACAUUGAUGAGCGUCGGUGUCUAUUCAAUUAUUCAUUAGAUUGGAUUUUCUUAUCCUAUGAGAAGACGCUUUGCUUAAUUAUUCACAACAACAUGUGUUAAUUUGCUAUGAAAGACGCAUCAGACUGUGAAAUGACAUUGCACACAUUAACAGAGAAACAUUCAUGGAUCGCAGAAGAGUGUUUUUUCUUUGUAAUAAGAGUUCAGCACAAAUGCGAUUCAUUCACUUGGUGAGUGUAACCGUUUUUAUAGCUCUGUGACAACCUGUCAAAAGGCUUAUAUUAGCGCCACAGAAUAAUA